UGAGCGCGCGGGGAGCGGCGAUGGAGGCUGGGGCGGCCGGGAGCGCCCGGGACCCCCGCCGCCGCCGCGCCCCCGCGCCCCGGCGCCCGCGGGGCUGGAGAGGGGGCGACAGAGGCGCAGCGCCCGCGCCGGGCAUGGAGGCGCCGCUGGCCCGCGCUGGCCGUCCGCGCUGCGUUUCGCGCCGCCGCCGCCGCCGCGCCUCGAAGUUUGCCGGCUGACUCGGAAAGUUGCGCUCGGGCUCGGCCGCCGCUUCCAGCCUCCGGCCUGACCCGCUCGCCGCCGCCGCCGCCCUCCACGGGGCCCCGGCCCAGCCAACCCCGCAGCCCCGCCUGCCGGGGGUAUGUGAGCCGUCGCCGCCCCCGAGAGGCCGUGCGGGCUGCAGGGGCCCCGGCGCCUCCGAGGCAGCGCGUGGGCGAGGGGUGCGCCCGGGCCCCAGGGCCCCAGGCAGCCCGGCUCGCCAUGGGCAUCCAGGGCAUGGAGCUGUGCGCCAUGGCCGUGGUGGUGCUGCUGUUCAUCGCCGUCCUCAAGCAGUUCGGCAUCCUGGAGCCCAUAUCCAUGGAAGAUAGCAGCGACAGUGAGCUGGAGCUGUCCACGGUGCGCCACCAGCCGGAGGGGCUGGACCAGCUGCAGGCCCAGACCAAGUUCACCAAGAAGGAGCUGCAGUCUCUCUACAGGGGCUUUAAGAAUGAGUGUCCCACGGGCCUGGUGGACGAAGACACCUUCAAACUCAUUUACGCGCAGUUCUUCCCUCAGGGAGAUGCCACCACCUAUGCACACUUCCUCUUCAACGCCUUUGAUGCCGACGGGAACGGGGCCAUCCACUUUGAGGACUUUGUGGUUGGCCUCUCCAUCCUGCUGCGGGGCACAGUCCACGAGAAGCUCAAGUGGGCCUUUAAUCUCUACGACAUUAACAAGGAUGGCUACAUCACCAAAGAGGAGAUGCUGGCCAUCAUGAAGUCCAUCUAUGACAUGAUGGGCCGCCACACCUACCCCAUCCUGCGGGAGGACGCGCCGGCGGAGCACGUGGAGAGGUUCUUCGAGAAAAUGGACCGGAACCAGGAUGGGGUAGUGACCAUUGAAGAGUUCCUGGAGACCUGUCAGAAGGAUGAGAACAUCAUGAGCUCCAUGCAGCUGUUUGAGAAUGUCAUCUAGGACACAUCCACAGGAGUGCAUGGCCACAGCCACCUCCACCCCCAAGAAACCUCCAUCCUGCCAGGAGCAGCCUCCAAGAAACUUUUAAAAAAUAGAUUUGCAAAAAGUGAACAGAUUGCUACACACACACACACACACACACACACACACACACAGCCAUUCAUCUGGGCUGGCAGAGGGGACAGAGGUCAGGGAGGGGCUGAGUCUGGCUGGGGGCCAAGUCCAGGAGCCCCAGCCAGCCCUUCCCAGGCCAGCGAGGCGAGGCUGCCUCUGGGUGAGUGGCUGACAGAGCAGGUCUGCAGGCCACCAGCCGCUGGAUGUCACCAAGAAGGGGCUCGAGUGCCCCUGCAGGGGAGGGUCCAAUCUCUGGUGUGAGCCCACCUCGUCCCGUUCUCCAUUCUGCUUUCUUGCCACACAGUGGGCCGGCCCCAGGCUCCCCUGGUCUCCUCCCCAUAGCCACUCUCUGCCCACUACCUACGCUUCUAGAAAGCCCCUCACCUCAGGACCCCAGAGGGACCAGCUGGGGGGCAGGGGGGAGAGGGGGUAAUGGAGGCCAAGCCUGCAGCUUUCUGGAAAUGCUUCCCUGGGGGUCCCAGGAUCCCCUGCUACUCCACUGACCUGGAAGAGCUGGGUACCAGGCCACCCACUGUGGGGCAAGCCUGAGUGGUGAGGGGCCACUGGGCCCCAUUCUCCCUCCAUGGCAGGAAGGCGGGGGAUUUCAAGCUUAGGGAUUGGGUCGUGGUGGAGAAUCUGAGGGCACUCUCUGCCAGCUCCACAGGGUGGGAUGAGCCUCUCCUUGCCCCAGUCCUGGUUCACUGGGAAUGCAGUGGGUGGGGCUGUACACACCCUCCAGCACAGACUGUUCCCUCCAAGGUCCUCUUAGGUCCCAGGAGGAACGUGGUUCAGAGACUGGCAGCCAGGGAGCCCAGGGCAGAGCUCAGAGGAGUCUGGGAAGGGGCGUGUCCCUCCUCUUCCUGCAGUGCCCCUCCCAUGGCCCAGCAGCUUGGCUGAGCCCCCUCUCCUGAAGCAGUGUCGCCGUCCCUCUGCCUUGCACAAAAAGCACAAGCAUUCCUUAGCAGCUCAGGCGCAGCCCUAGUGGGAGCCCAGCACACUGCUUCUCAGAGGCCAGGCCCUCCUGCUGGCUGAGGCAGCCCCAAUAUAGUGGCCCUGGGGAAGAGACCUUGGGGGUCUGCUCUGUGCCUGAGAUCAGUGGGGCCCCAAAGCCCAGCCCGGCUGACCAACAUUCAAAAGCACAAACCCUGGGGACUCUGCUUGGCUGUCCCCUCCAUCUGGGGAUGGAGAAUGCCAGCCCAAAGCUGGAGCCAAUGGUGAGGGCUGAGAGGGCUGUGGCUGGGUGGUCAGCAGAAACCCCCAGGAGGAGAGAGAUGCUGCUCCCACCUGAUUGGGGCCUCACCCAGAAGGAACCCGGUCCCAGGCCGCAUGGCCCCUCCAGGAACAUUCCCACAUAAUACAUUCCAUCACAGCCACCCCAGCUCCACUCAGGGCUGGCCCGGGGAGUCCCCGAGUGCCCCAGGAGGCUAGCCCCAGGGUGAGCAGGGCCCUCAGAGGAAAGGCGGUAUGGCGGAGGCCGUGGGGGCCCCUUGGCAUUCACACACAGCCUGGCCUCCCCUGCGGAGCUGCAUGGACGCCCAACUCCAGGCUCCAGGCUGGCUGGGGGCCUCUGCCUCCAGGAGGGCAUCAGCUUUCCCUGGCUCAGGGAUCUCCUCCCUCCCCUCACCCCCUGCCCAGCCCUCCCAGCUGGUGUCACUCUGCCUCUAAGGCCAAGGCCUCAGGAGAGCAUCACCACCACACCCCUGCUGGCCUUGGCCUUGGGGCCAGACUGGCUGCACAGCCCAACCAGGAGGGGUCUGCCUCCCACGCUGGGACACAGACCGGCCGCAUGUCUGCAUGGCAGAAGCGUCUCCCUUGGCCACGGCCUGGGAGGGUGGUUCCUGUUCUCAGCAUCCACUAAUAUUCAAUCCUGUAUAUUUUAAUAAAAUAAACUUGACAAAGGA